AUGUCAGCCGGUCGAAGACCCUCCAUGCUUAUUGAUGGUGACUGGGAAGUGGAAGAUAUAACUGCUGGCAAUUUCAUGGACAAGCUGGAUAAUGGUGUCAUCAUUUGUAAAUUGGCUCGUCUCAUUCAGCAUAAAGCAGAAGAAUGUAAAAGAGCUGGUCUUAUUACCGAAAGUGUGCCAAGCGUGCGGUUCAAGUGUUGGGAAAAUGCUAAAUCUGAAUCCUUUUACGCCAGAGACAAUGCAGAGAAUUUUAUCAGGUGGUGCAGGAAAUUUGGAGUUCAUGAAGCAGUUAUAUUCGAAUCGGAUGGCCUAGUCUUGCAUACUCAACCUCGAACGGUAGUCCUUUGCUUGUUGGAGCUUGGACGCAUCGCUUCCAAGUACGACAUCGAACCUCCGGGACUGGUGCAACUGGAAAAGGAGAUCGACGAGCAAGAGGAGGACGGCCGGUCCUCCUCUGAUGGACUAUCCUCCCUCGGGUCCUCCUCGCCCACCCUUGUGCGAAGUCGGACGGAGUCAACUCUUUCCUUGUCCACGAACUCUCUGCUCAGUCCCACCAGCCCUGAUUCGGGGAUCGUUAACCAUCCCGGAAAUCACAGGCCGAGGAACAGGUUGUCCUACACCCCACCCUCCAGCAAUAAUAAUGCGAAGAGGCAUAAACCGUCCGAACUGGACAAAAAGGUAAUGAAAAUUGCAAAUAAUGUGUGUAAAGAUCAAACGCAAAUAACAAGGAUUUCUGAAGGGAAAUACUGCAUUGGAGGAAAGAAUGUUUUUGUUCGUCUCCUGAAGGGUCGUCACGUGAUGGUCCGCGUGGGAGGCGGCUGGGACACCCUAGAGCACUUCCUGUCCCGCCACGAGCCCUGCCAGGUCAUCGUCGUCAACCGGAAGUCCUCCCUGUCGGACGAAUACAUCUCUCUGGCCUGCAACGGAUCGCCGGACUCCUUCCUGCACAUCCGGGCCAAAUACAAGAGUCCGCUGCCCACACCCACUACACCAGAAUUCAAACUCAUUUGAACGUUAUGUUCGGGGAAACAGAAGUAACACGAUUGCUGUUGCGUUUUGGAAACCUUUGGUU